AUGGACAGUGUUAUUUUUUCUUUUUUCAUUGCAUUUAUUAUAGAGGCGCGCGCAUUCCGUUAUAGCACUCCCAACAAUCUCCAAUCUUAUAUGCCCAAUGUGUGCAUGGAGAGGGAGGUGACGCUGGUCGCCCAAAGGCAGCCAUGUGUGCAAGCCUUCACACGCAUGGUUAAAGUGUGGAAGCAAGGCUGUGUGGGGCAGUCGGGGUGCAUGGGGUAUGAGAGGAGGACGGCCUACUACACAGCGUACAGGCAAGUGUACAAACAGGAUUACCAGACUGUGUACAAGUGUUGCCCUGGAUGGUCCCAACUAAACGGAGAGGCAGGUUGUCUUUAUCCAGUGUGUAGCUAUGGUGUGUGCUUCAAUGGGGGCCAGUGUCGAGAAGGAUCCACUCAGCUUUGUGAUUGUCCCACAGGGUUCCACGGGCCCAGCUGCCAGUAUGAUGUGAAUGAAUGUGAGGAGACCAAUGGAGGCUGUGAAGCUCUCUGCUGUAACACCAUUGGAAGCUUCUACUGCAGGUGCCCUCCCGGACAGAAACUGAAUGAAGAUGGCAAAACAUGUCAAGAUACUGAUGAAUGCCAGGUCCAUAAUGGAGGUUGCCAACAUAGAUGUAUUAACACCAGGGGCUCCUAUUAUUGUGAAUGUCACCCGGGCUCUCGGCUUCAUGUGGACGGCCGCACCUGCCUUGCUGUGCAUUCAUGUGCCAUUAGCAAUGGAGGAUGCGAGCACUACUGUGUGCAGCAAUCUGUUGCUCAUUUUCGCUGCCGCUGCAAACCAAACUACGUGCUGUCGGAGGAUGGCAAGCAUUGCAAAUUGCAGGAUCCCUGUGGAGAUCAGAAUGGAGGAUGUAUGCAUGAGUGUCGGGCUGAUGGUGGCAAGGCCCACUGUGAUUGUAAAGCUGGCUACACCCUAGCUGAUGAUGGGAAAACCUGUGAAGAUAUUGAUGAGUGUGAGACAGAAGAAGGCAACUGCGCUCAUGGCUGCCACAACACUCUGGGCUCUUAUGUCUGUGUUUGCAACGCUGCCUAUGAGCUGGGAUCUGAUGGAAAGCAGUGUUACAGAAUUGAGAUGGAAAUCGUGAACAGCUGUGAGAACAACAAUGGUGGAUGUUCACAUCACUGCCAGCAUUCAACCAGCGGGCCUGUCUGCACUUGUAACCAUGGUUACACGCUAGAUAAUGAUCUUAAGACCUGCAUUGAUGUUGACGAGUGUGGAGAGCAGGUCUCCUGUUGCGAGCAGGACUGCACCAACUACCCCGGGGGUUAUGAAUGCUACUGCUCUGCAGGAUACAGACUCAACUCAGAUGGCUGUAGCUGUGAUGAUGUCGACGAGUGUCUGGCUGCUCACGGUGGUUGUGAUCACACAUGCCAGAACAGCGCCGGUUCCUUCCAGUGUUACUGCCGUCGGGGUUUCCGUUUGGAUGAGGACCGGCAUUCUUGCAUUCCACUAGAUGAUGCAGUCGAGACCCUGUCCAGCGGAGGCUCCAUUGAGCUGCCUCUUGUUCGCCCCCAGCUCACCUUGCUGCAGGACUACGGCCAACCCCUGGAGCGCUUUGACAACUAUGAAGAUGAUGAAGGGGAGCUGAGAGCUGAGAGUAACCUGGCAGAGAAAUUUGUGUGUUUGGAUGACACUUUCGGCAGUGACUGCAGUUUGACGUGUGACGACUGUUCUAACGGAGGAAAAUGUAAUCCGUGGAAAAAUGGCUGCGAUUGCCCCGACGGGUGGACAGGCAUUAUCUGCAACCAGACAUGUGCAGAGGGAUAUUUUGGUAAAAACUGCUCCUUCCCAUGCAAGUGUAAAAAUGGUGCCAGCUGUGAUCCUGUCAGUGGAAGCUGCCGCUGUCCUCCUGGUGUGAGUGGAGACCUGUGCCAGGAUGGCUGUCCUAAAGGCUUCUUUGGGAAGCAGUGCAACAAGAAGUGUAACUGUGCCAAUAACGGACGUUGCCACCGUACCUACGGAGCGUGCCUUUGUGAUCCCGGACUCUAUGGACGCUUCUGUCACCUCACAUGUCCCAAGUGGACUUUCGGACCCGGCUGCUCUGAAGACUGUCAGUGUGAUCAGCAGAACACUGUCGAGUGUCACCGGCGCUAUGGCACCUGCGUCUGUAAGGCUGGUUACACUGGUAACAUCUGCAAGGAAGAAUGCAAACCAGGUACUUACGGAGCCAGCUGUGAAAAGAAGUGUGCCUGUCCGUCUGGAGUGUCGUGUCAUCAUGUGACUGGAGAGUGCCAACAGCAGUGCCCUCCUGGUCGUCAUGGGGAGAACUGCGAUCAAGACUGUCCAGCGGGAAGGUUUGGACUUGGCUGUGUUCACUCUUGUAACUGCACUGGUGCACCAUGUGAUAAAGUGACAGGACAAUGUCAGUGCCCAGCAGGCACAUCAGGAAACCACUGUGAAAACUUGUGUCUGGAGGGUUUCUGGGGUCCAGGCUGUGCCGAAACCUGCCCAGUUUGUGAGAAUGGCGGCAUAUGUGAUAAACACAACGGUUCAUGUAACUGUCCAUCAGGAUUCAUGGGAAGGCUCUGCCAAAACUCAUGCCCAAGUGGACGUUUUGGUCAGAAAUGCCAGAUGAAGUGCAUCUGCGAGAACAACGCUCGCUGUGAUCCAGUGAGUGGGCGGUGCACCUGCCCUCCUGGCUGGACUGGGCACAACUGCAGGAAAGCCUGUGAUGCGGGACACUGGGGGGCCGACUGUUCAGAAACCUGCGACUGCAGAAACGGAGACGGAAGCUGUGAUGCUGUGACAGGACAGUGCAACUGCGAAGCUGGUUUCACUGGAACACGCUGUCAUGAAAAGUGCCCAGCAGGUAUGUUUGGUCUUGGGUGCCGCCAUCGGUGUCAGUGUGACAACAAUGCAUUGUGUGACCAUGUGAGUGGAGCUUGUACCUGCCAGCGGGGAUGGACGGGGACCUUCUGCGAAAAGCCAUGUCCUCAGGGUUUCUACGGUUUGGACUGUCAGGAGAAGUGUUUGUGUCAAAAUGGCGCGAGCUGUGAUCAUGUCAGCGGUGUUUGUUCCUGCCCUGCUGGUUGGAUCGGCCUGUUCUGCAACCUCACAUGCCCAGCUGGUUUCUAUGGGGAAGGAUGUAAUCGAACCUGCUGCCGUAACGAUGGCAUCUGCCACCCGGCCAGUGGGCAUUGUGUGUGCACGCCAGGGUGGACCGGACCCAGCUGCACAAAAGAGUGCCCUGCUGGGUUUUAUGGAGCAGACUGUCAGCAGCGCUGCGUGUGCCAGAAUGGAGCCGCCUGUAAUAAGACCAACGGAAAAUGUGCAUGCGCCAGUGGCUGGACAGGCACAGCCUGUGAACUGGAAUGUGUAGCAGGCCGAUUUGGGGCGGACUGCCAGCAGCAGUGUGAAUGUGAGAACAGCGGCCAGUGUGACAGACGGACCGGACGGUGCAGCUGCAGCGCCGGGUGGAUCGGAGAGCGCUGUGAGAAAGCAUGUGAUGUCGACUGUUUGGCGUCCGGCUGCCGGGAAGCGAUGCACUGUCUGCACGGAGCUUCAUUGCCACAUGCCACCGGAGAGUGCCAGUGUCUGCCAGGGUGGAGAGGAAAAGCCUGUGACAAAGCAUGUUUGCCAGGUACAUAUGGAAAGGGCUGCUUGCAGCGCUGCAACUGUGCACAGGGCACAUCCUGCCAUCACAUCUCUGGAGAGUGCGGCUGUCCUCCCGGAUUCACUGGCAACGGCUGUGAACAGACUUGUCUGCCUGGAACCUUUGGGCACAACUGUAACCAGGUCUGUCAGUGCUCUGAGACAAAUCAGCUCUGCCACCCGGUGUCUGGAUCAUGUUACUGCGCUCCAGGUUUUCAUGGCCCCAAAUGUAACCAAAUCUGCAGAGAGGGUCAUUAUGGUCCAAACUGUGAAAGAGAGUGCCAGUGUGAAAACGGAGGGAAGUGCACUCCUUCCACUGGAGCCUGUGAAUGCCCAGCUGGAUUUAUAGGACCACGCUGCAACAUCACGUGUCCGACUGGGCAUUAUGGUGUCGACUGUGCCCGGGUGGCAGUGUGUAGAGAUGGAGCCCAGAAUGACCCGGUCACCGGUCGAUGCGUGUGCACCCCUGGACGCAGAGGAGAGGACUGUGGAAAUGGCCCCCCGGGCUGGUUUGGGGCAGAAUGUGUCCAACGGUGUAACUGCAGUAAUGGAGGAGUGUGCGACUCUGUGACCGGCAACUGUACCUGUGGCCUGGGCUGGACUGGUGCACACUGCAACAUCGAAUGUCCGGCGGGAAGAUUUGGUGCCAACUGCCAGCUGAAGUGUAGCUGUCAAAAUAAUGGUACUUGUGACAGAGUGAUGGGGACGUGUCAGUGCGGACCAGGCUACUAUGGACAUCUGUGUGAACACAGUGAGAACUGGACAGACACACACAUACACACGCACGCAAAGAAUGACCUCCAUUGUUGUUCAAAAACACGAGUAAGUCAUUGUAAUUCCACAACAAACACGGACACUACAGCAACGCCCUGGUGCUGUAAAUUCUUUUUAUAUUUCUUUUAGUGCUCACAGUUGAUGAAGAUUUGCAUGAAGUUAAGGCUGUGCAAGAGAUUGCAGCAUUUGUAGUGAAGAAGAAUGUACAACGUUAUCCACAUGAAGCACCUCAACAGUUCUGAAGGUCCUUUAAAACAUGAUGAGAUGAAUCAUUCAUGCCAAUACAGAGAUGUGACAGUGUGACAAA